AUGCUCUUUCCUUUUAUUCCAUUUUUUAAUCUCUCGUUGUCUUAUCUCCUAUUUGUCAAGAUUCCCAUCCUUCUCUCUCUCUCUCUCUCUCUCUCACUCUCUCUCUCUCUCUCUCUUUACAUUUAUCUAAUAUCUUAUUUAAUAACACAUUGUCUUUGGCAUCUCCCAUGCUUUCUUUGCUUUGGUUACCUUCUUCCUCCACGUCGCUAUACUAUUAGUUCUUACGUAAAUUCUCCAUCUUUCUUUCUGUUAUUUUCUACGUUUCUCAUUUCUUGUUUUUCCUUUCUUUUCUUUUCUUUAAUUCUUUUUUCUGCUAACCAUUAUUUCUUCUACUCGUUGUUUCUUCCUUUCUUUCAGUCAGUCUUUCUUUUUAUCCAUUUCUUGUUUCUUUCUUUCUUUUUUCUUUCUUUCUUUCUUUCAUUCUUUUUUCUUUCUUUCUUUCUUUUUUUCUCAUAUUUUUCUUUAAACUUAUUUUGUUUUCUCCUUCCUCACAGUGCCACUACAUCCUUUCUUUUUAUUCAUUUUUUGUUUGUUUGUUUGUUUCUUUCUUUCUUUCUUUCUUUCAUUCUUUCUUUCUUUCUUUCUUUUAAUGACAUUUCUCUAGUAGAAUUCUUUUUUCUGCUAACCAUUAUUUCUUCUACUCUUUGUUUUUUCCUUUCUUUCAGUCAGUCUUUCUUUUUAUCCAUUUCUUGUUUCUUUCUUUUUCUUUCUUUCUUUCUUUCAUUCAUUCAUUCUUUCUUUCUUUCAUUCUUUUUUCUUUUUUUUUUCUUUCUUUCUUUCUUUCUUUCUUUCUCAUAUUUUUCUUUAAACUUAUUUUGUUUUCUCCUUCCUCACAGUGCCACUGUCUUAUUAUCCUUCCUUUUAUCCAUUUCUUUCUUUCUUUCUUUUAUUGAAAUUUUUCUGACAGCUUUUCUUUCUAUCCAUUUUCUUUCUUUCUUCUUUCUUUCUUUCUUUCUUUCUUUCUUUCUUUCUUUCUUUCUCAUAUUUUUCUCUAAACAAUAUUUUUUCUCCUCCUUCUCUUUCUCCUCCGAUUUCAUUAGGUUUCUACAUGUUUUUUUCUUUCCUUCUAACACUUUCUUUGCUUCUCUUCUCUUACUUUCACGUUCCUUUUACAAUCAACUUCAUUUUUUCUUCCUUAAACUAUUCUUCAACUUUCUCUUUAGAUUUUGUUGA